AUGGUGUCCAGUAAGAAGCCCGAUUUUGUAUUUCUGAUGGAGACCAUGGUUGCCCAGGAUCAUGCGGAGCGGCUCCGAGUGAAACUUGGCUUCGAUGGUGUGUUUAAAGUUGAUAGUGUGGGGACAAAGGGAGGAUUAGCUUUACUGUGGAGAACGAAUGGAACGGCAAGCCUGUUGAGUUACUCUAAAAAUCAUGUGGAUAUUGAGGUAACAAUGCCGGGGUUUGACAAGUGGAGGAUGACAGGGUAUUAUGGUUAUGCGCAAAGAGAAAGACGGAAUGAUUCUUGGGAAUUCAUCAAGUCCUUAUCACAUCGCUCUGAGUUGCCAUGGGUUAUUAUAGGGGAUUUUAAUGAUCUCUUAUAUCAGUAUGAGAAGCGAUGGGGUAAUCCCCAUCCAGAGGCACUAUUACGUGGCUUCGGAGAGACUAUUGAUGAGUGUGGGCUAGCUCAAUUACCUAUGCAGGGGUACCCGUUUACCUGGGAAAGAGGAGAGGGGACAGUAGACUGGAUUGAAGAAAGAUUGGAUAAAGUGCUGGUCACGCAGGAAUGGCGAGAUGUGGUGAGAGAGGCAAGUGUCUUGAACAUUCUAACCCGACGCUCAGAUCAUUCUGCUCUUUUCCUUGGGAUUCUGAAUCUUCGGGAAAGGACGGGUGGUGGGAGAAAAGGGUUCCGGUUUGAGAUGGCCUGGCUUCAUGAUGAGGGUUGUAGGGGUGUGGUUGAGACGACAUGGAUUGAAGGAAGAGAUAGAGGUUUACAAGCCUGUAUCGAAUUAUGUGGUAAUAAGUUAUUGCGAUGGGGAGGUGAUAAAUAUCAUAGGUUUGAUGAGAAAUUGCGGUGCCUACGCAAGGAACAAUUGCGGUUACGGGGACGCACAGAUCAAAAUUCAUUGGCUGAGUAUCAGCAGUUGGAGGAACGCCUGGCCCAAUUAGAAGCUCAGGAGGAUGCCUUUUGGAAACAGAGGGCGAAACAACACUGGCUGAAGGGGGCAGACGCGAAUACAAAGUUCUAUCACAGUUUUUAUGCCAAUAUCUUGCCCCGGGUGACACACACGCAGAAUGAAGAGUUAUUGCGCCCCUUUGAAAAGGAUGAGGUGAAAACAGCCUUGUUUGCUAUGUUCCCGGAUAAGGCACCCGGCCCGGAUGGAAUGAAUCCGGGUUUUUAUCAGCAGUUCUGGGAUGUGGUGGGAGGAGAUGUGUCGGAUUUUAUUGUGGACUGUUUGAAUACACGGACCUUCCCAGCCAACUUGAAUGAUACUGAUGUGGUUUUAAUACCGAAGAAGAAAAAUCCAGAACGGGUCACGGACCUCAGGCCUAUAGCGCUAAGCAAUGUGAUUUAUAGAAUUAUGGCUAAAAUGAUUUCAGCCAGGAUGAAGCCACUCAUGGAUGAUAUUAUUUCUGAUACACAGAGUGCAUUUAUACCUGACAGAUUGAUUACAGAUAAUAUUUUGAUAGCGGCAGAGGUUGGCCACUUUCUGAACAGAAAACAAUGUGGAAAGGUGGGAUGGGGUGCUUUAAAGCUGGAUAUGGCGAAAGCGUAUGAUCGUAUGGAAUGGCCUUUCCUACGAAACAUGUUAACAGCUUUGGGCUUUAGUAAUAUAUGGGUGGAGUUAAUCAUGUUAUGUGUGACUACUGUGUCAUAUAAUAUCAAACUGAAUGGAACCCGAGGUUUGCCAAUCAUCCCAUCUCGCGGACUCAGGCAGGGAGACCCAUUAUUCCCGUAUCUAUUUAUUAUCUGUUCAGAGGGACUAUCUUUAUUGCUACAACAGGCACAGAUUCAGGGAGCAAUUCAUGGGUGUAGAGUUGCAAGGGGUGCACCUUCUAUUUCACAUCUAUUCUUUGCUGAUGACAGCCUACUAUUUUUUAAAGCAAAUGUGCAGGAAGCAAGUGCGAUAAAGCAGUGUUUGACACGGUAUGAAAAUUUAUCUGGCCAAGUGGUAAAUUAUCAUAAGUCCAGCAUAUGUUAUAGCAAGAACACACAGGAUGAUAGUAGGGAGGAAGUGGCGCAGAUACUGGGGGUUACUCAGGCACCAAACUUUGGAAAAUAUUUGGGACUACCCUCAUUUGUAGGGAGAAAUAAAAAAGCAGCCUUUUCAUAUAUUGAGGAUAAGAUAAGGCAAAGAAUCCUAUCUUGGAAUAAGAAAUUGUUAUCGCAAGCUGGUAAGGAAGUCUUGUUGAAAAGUGUGGCUCAGGCAAUGCCCACCUUUUCAAUGAGUGUCUUUUUAUUACCUAUGGGGAUUUGCACAGCUAUUGAGCGAACAAUGAACCGGUAUUGGUGGGGAUCUGGGAAUGAACGAGGAAUCCAUUGGAAGGCAUGGGACAAAUUGUGUAUACCAAAAAAGUAUGGUGGCCUGGGUUUUAAAGAAUUGCACGCAUUUAAUAUAGCAAUGCUGGGCAAACAGGCAUGGCGCUUGUUAACAAAACCUGACUCUCUGGUCUCACGAGUUUACAGAGCGAGAUAUUACCCAAAAGGGACCUUUUAUGAUGCCAAAGUAGGAAAUAACCCCAGUUUCUGUUGGCGUAGUAUAAUGGCAGCUCAGAGCCUGAUUUGUAGCGGAACGAGGCGCAGAAUUGGAAAUGGAAAGACAACUCUAAUCUGGGACCACCCAUGGUUACAAGAUGAACACGACCCAAUGGUUCAUACUGAUAAGCCCCCAUAUUUAAAUAAUGCAGCAGUGUUGGGAUUAAUUGAUCAUGAGACACAAACCUGGGAUCCGGAUAUUUUGGCAGAUAUUUUUAUUCCUACGGAUGUGGCUAGGAUAAAAAGGAUUCCAGUAUCACCGGACUAUGAGGAUAUGUGGUAUUGGCAUGGUGAUCAGGGAGACACUAACCAAAUUGUUCACGCAGCUGCAAUAUUAUAUCAUAUUUGGAGAGCCAGGAACGGAGCGGUAUGGGAUGCGUGUCUACCGCGACCACGAAAAGUGUUAGCCUUGGCCGAAGCAACCGCACUUGCAUGGCAAAGAGUCCACCACACCCACCCACAAACGGACCAAGGGGCUGCCGCACAAAGCAGUGCUACUGCCACUGCCGUGACACGGCAGCAGCAGCACUACAACACGGCAAAUGCCGUGACUGCUAUGGGGAUCGCCCAAGAGGGCGCACGGAACGAGCCUGCCGAGCCGAGACGGAGAUGCUAUGUCGAUGCUGGAUUCAUGCCAGCUACAGGAAGGGCUACGGUUGGCGCGGUUUUGUUCGACGAGGAAGGGGGAUAUGUAUCGGCAUUCAGUGCACCCUUGUCAGAUUGUCUGUCCCCGCUUAUGGCUGAAGCAAUAGCAUGUAAGGAAGCCUUGUCUUGGUUAUGGAAUCGUGGAGAGCGCUCAGUACACAUACUCACGGAUUGUUUGACCCUGCAACAGUAUUUGACAAAUCAAGCUAUCACUGUUCGGACUUACGUUGGCUAUGCCAUUGAUGCUUGUAGAGCAUGCAUUAUUUCUUUUGAUUAUUGUUCAGUUAAUUUUAUUCCUAGAUCAGAGAACUAUUUAGCACAUAGUCUAGCGGCUACUGCAUUUAAUUCUUCUACGAUUAUGUAUUCGGACGAUGUCCCUCCAGACUCUAUUUCUGAGUACCUUUAA